UUUUUUCAGCUAGAUCGUUUUCCGAGUGAUGUGUCAUCGUUCUUGCGCUUGUAAGUCAUCAAAAUGGCCAUCAAAUAACACCAAUUUUGUGCUAAAUGGUCCAGACUUUGAAUAUACUUUACUUUUACUUCUGAAACCAUUGAUCUGAAGACCACAUUAGUGGAGAAAUUAGUGGAAUUAAUCGUCGAUUUAGCCAUUUAAAAGUCGAAACAAGCAGCUGAAGCCAAGAUGAUGGACGACGGGCUUGAGACCGUGUAUGGCACGGGAGACGAGACGGGGCCCUCGGUCAUGUCGGAGAGGGUUCAGGGUAUUGCGGCCAGCAUUUAUCGCGAGUUCGAGCAGAUGAUCAAAACUUACGAUGAAGACGUCGUCAAAGAAUUGAUGCCGCUUGUUGUCAACGUUUUGGAAACACUCGAAAAUACCGUCACGGAAAAUCAAGAACAUGAGGUGGAAUUGGAAUUGAUUAAAGACGAUAAUGAGCAGCUUAUUACACAGUAUGAACGGGAAAAACAGCUACGAAAACAGUCGGAACAGAAAUUCUUGGAGUAUGAGGAUGUUAACGAUCAAGAAAAGCGCCUCCUACAGGCGCGAGUGGAGCAAAUGGAGAUGAGUGGUAAACAGACCGGCCUCAAGUUGAAGAACUACAGCGAUCAGAUUUCAAGACAUGAGUACAGAGAGAACGACAUGAAGCUGGAAUACACGGCUCUUCAGAAGAGACACAAUGAGGUUGUGCAGAAGUACAUGGAGUAUGCAGACCGGUUCAAGGUGAUGGGACAAGUGGAUCCUACCACACAACACAGGUUCAGGAUCAACAUUCAGAAGCACCAGCUGGUGGAUGGUUUUGAUGAUGACCAGCUCACGCCCACCAAGGAGAGGACGAUGUCAGGUGAUCUGUCAUCGCCGACCACCACCCCCACCAACGCUCUCAACAAGUACAACAAGCAGUCCAACGAGAAGAACCUGGAGAAGGAACUGACGGAGACGAUGACGUCGCCCAUGGCCGCGGGGAUGGGGUCGUCCACCACGGAAACGCAGGCUACAGUCUCAACCACAAAUGCAGAGACAGUGAUGACACCUCAGACAGACAACAGACAUGUGUUGAACCCUGCUCUGAGGGAUAUCAUUGACAGUACCCCAGAGCUCGAGGGAGUGAUCACCAGGCCGGCUAAUCUACCUGUCAAAAGCCAAGGGACAAGGUCUGCCACCAUCUUUGAUGAGUUGGACCCAUCAGUCAUCAGUGAGAUGGAUGAAGGUGCUAACAUCGUAGUGGAUCCAGGGGAAUUUUCUGUGAUGAGCCCUGAUAACUUCUAUGGUAUGGGCAAAGAAGUGGAGAACAUUCUCAUGGAGAACUCGGAGCUCAGACAAACAAAGAAUGCUUUGAACGUUGUGAAAGAUGAUCUGAUAGCUCAAGUGGAUGAGCUCACUUCAGAAACUGAGAUGCUAAAGCAGGAGAUUAUGGGGCUCAACAACGGCAAGUCUCGUCUCAAUACACGCAUUGCAGACCUGGAAGAGGAUCUCAAAAAGGCGAGAGAGGAGAAUGAGAAGAUUCGAGAGAUUGACGAUGAGGAGGAUGUGCCCAUGGCCCAGAGGAAACGCUUUACCCGUGUGGAGAUGGCUAGGGUCUUGAUGGAAAGGAACCAAUACAAGGAGAGACUGAUGGAGCUUCAGGAAGCUGUGAGGUGGACAGAGAUGAUUAGAGCCUCAAGGGAACAUCCAUCAUUUGAAGGCAAGAAAAACAAAUCAUCAAUCUGGAAAUUUUUCAGCAACCUCUUCACGAGUUCAUCCUCAAACUCUUCCGGCAUCGCUGCACCCCCUCCCAAGCGCAAUUACCCUGUGGCCGCCAAUGUACGUUACAACGCCCCCACAGGGUACGUUGCGCCCAACAACAAGCAGCGCACCCAGACGAUUGCGUCACUUGAUAACAAGACCAAAGCUUUUGAUUUCCUAGAAGAUGGUGAGGGGAGUCAGCGCAUGAAAGACAAGCGAGAGCAGUACAAGAAGGUCAAGGCACAUGUCAGGAAAGACGAUGGGCGUGUUCAAGCUUAUGGGUGGAGUCUACCAGCCAAACACCCCUCCCCCUCCAGAAGCCCUGCCUCCUCCAAUCAGUCUCAGGUAGAUGGUAGCAGUGUGGUGAGUGGUGGUGGAGCUGGGCGUGGCUUGAUGGGGGUACCCGUCCCUGUCUUCUGCCGACCAUUGCUGGAGAAGGAACCAGGUACAAAGAUCUGGUGUGCAGCUGGAGUUGACCUGAACGGAGGUCGAACCCGAGAUGGUGGAUCCAUCAUUGGAGCUAGCGUCUUCUAUUCCAGCCCUGAUCCCGAUGCAGAUGACUCCAGUAGCAGGAGCAGCAAAGAGGGAUCAGAGCUAGAUAAACUAGAUCAAGAUAUAACUAAACAACAGAAGGAGAUAGACAAGCAUAAGAAAUACAAGCUCUCAUCUUUAGCCUGGAUAUGCACCAGUAAUCAGAGUUCCACCAAAGUCACAGUCAUAGAUGCUAACCAACCACAAAGCAUCUUAGAUAUGUUCCCAGUCAGCACAGCCUAUAUUCUAUGUAUAGCAUCGGUAGCAGGAGCAAUGGAGUCUGACUACCCUACCGAUGAGGAUCUCCCAUCUGAGACUAACGAUGAUGCUGCAUCAGCAUCAAGUGGUGGUAGUGAUAGCGGGUUUGGUAAUGUUAACUUGGUGACGGCCAGUACACCAGCCACGCCUAGUGAUGCUUCACCGACCUCAGAACCAGAAGGUGUGGUAGGCGUGGGUGACAGUGAAGGAAGCUUCAAGGCGGAGGUGAGUGAAGCCAACGUGAGCAGAAACAUCUCGUCCGUUACUGACGCAGAGAAGGCUCUACGGGAAGCAGUGUCAGCUGAACCUCUGGCAGACACAGUGGGGAUGGAAGGCAUUGUCAAGGAUAACAUCCUCAAGACAGACUCGGCCGCUAGUAGCGAUACAGAGGGGUCAGCCACAGACCCUCUUGGUGCCACCACCGAACCCAUUCCAACCGAGACCAUCGUCUCACGGCAACGCCGGGGUACGUCCAGUGAUCUACUGAAGGAUGGUCUAUCGGACUCACCAACGGUCAGCGACGCCAUGCAUGAGGUCGCUGAGAAAAUGUCCAGUAUUAAACCUACUAUGUGGUUGGGUGCUCAAAAUGGAAAUCUCUAUGUACAUUCUGCUGUGUCACAAUGGAGGAAGUGUCUCCAUGCAAUCAAGCUCAAGGAUUCCAUCUUUGCUAUAGUACAUAUUAAAGGAAGAGUGCUGGCAGCAUUAGCAGAUGGAACAGUAGCAGUCUUCCACAGAUCAGAAGAUGGACAGUGGGACCUGAACAAUUAUCAUGUGCUAGACCUUGGUAGACCUCAGAACUCAAUCCGUUGCAUGGUGGUGGUCCUGGAUAAGGUCUGGUGUGGUAUUAGGAACAAGAUCCACGUCAUUCAUCCUCAGACACUCAAAGUAGAGAAAUCGUUUGAUGCCCAUCCACGCAAGGAGAGUCAGGUGCGCCUUCUCUCAUGGCAGGGUGAUGGAGUAUGGGUCUCUAUCCGUCUAGACAGUACCCUACGUCUCUACCACGCCCAUACCCAUCAACACCUCCAAGACGUGGAUGUAGAUCCGUAUGUCAGUAAGAUGCUCGGUACUGGAAAGCUUGGUUUCUCGUUUGUGCGUAUCACCUCUGUGAUGAUCUCCUGUAACAGACUGUGGGUUGGUACGGGCAACGGUGUCAUCAUCUCAAUACCUCUAUCAGAGAGCAAGAAGCCCAAAUCGACCGGAGGCACCCGUCCCGGGGGCGUGAUCCGCGUCUACACCGACUCCAAGACAGACAGCGUACGGGCGGGUAGCACCAUUCCAUACUGUAGUAUCACCCAGGCUCAGCUGUCCUUCCAUGGUCAUCGAGACGCUGUCAAGUUCUUUGUAUCUGUACCAGGUAACGACUGUUCACCCAGUGGCAUAGCUACAGCUAGCGUUGGAAGCGCCCCCUCCCCAACCAAGACCGAUCAACCCCCUCCUGAUAACCUUACUACAAAGAACAUGCUUGUACUCAGUGGAGGAGAGGGCUAUAUCGACUUCAGAAUUGGUGAUGGUGAAGAUGAAGAUGAGGGAUCGGGUAACUAUGGCGACGUCCUCACAAACUCGUCCCGGUCAGCUCGCAGUGAGAGGAGUCAUCUCAUCGUCUGGCAGAUAGCCGGACAGACAGACUAGCCCCAUCACAUGUCCAGACAUUGCCAGUGUGUACUUCUUCCUCUUGUGAUGUCAUUGUGCAUCUCUCCUGUGUCCUGUUUGUCUCCCUCUAUGGCAGAUCUUAUAUAUCUCUGCUGACAAACACCAUAAGUUUCUCCUGAAAGUCAUUCAAGUAUUGUUGUCCCCUGUAAAGUGUGUAGCUUACAGUCCACUUUGGGACACUGAAUACAUGUAUAAAGGGGUUUCUGCACAUAAUUUCAGCUACAGUAGUAUGCUCUAUGCAUUAAUACCACGGUCGUUGUGCUGCUCUAUGUCAAAUUGAUAAAGAUUAGAUUUGUUCUAUUUAUGCUUGUUUGACCUCUAGAAAUACAUUCUUUUAAUAGUCUGUGCUGGCCAGCAGUAAAGCAUUAUUCCAUAAUUGCUAAAUCUUACAUAUUUAACAACUUUUAAAAUGAAUGAUGUAAUAAAAAAUCUAGAAAGUAAAUUAUGAAACUUAUGAAGUAUUAAAUUAUCAAAGGGAUUGGCAAGUCACAGGGUUUUUAUAACUGAGAAUAUAUUUAUAUUUUAUGAUUCACAAUUUGAUUUUGACAAUAAUUACAAUGAUACUAAUCAAAAGUAAAUUUUUAAAGUACCAUCCAAUAUGUUGAUGCGCUUAUUUGAAUGGAAUUGAUUGCACUUCACUUUUUAUCCAAGUUGCCAAUUCACCAUGCUCUAAACUUUGCAAUGGAUUUGUUUAUGCCCCUACUGCUGUUUGCUGAAAUAGUUCUUUAAAACAUGAGCCUGCCAAUAGGCAUCGUGUCUAGAUUGUCUAGAAU